CGUUUUAUUGCACAGAAACUUUAGUCUUUAGUUCCCUCUCUAGCCCAGCUGCUGCUCUCGUUCUCUUCCCUUUCUGGGAUUUUCUUUCACUUUGUUAGGGUUUCUGCUUAUCCGAUUUGAGAAGAAAGACAACCCAGAAAGGCAACAAGUAUGUUCUUUUGAAUCUCAGGAGUAAAUGAAGGUCAUACAUUAAUGGAGAACUGUGCAAGAGCUGAGUUGCAUGAUAUAUUGACUUCAAGAAAAGCUGAAGAAGCAGCUUGGAGAAGAUUCCAAGCAGCGGCCUGGCUUGAAAGCCUUGUGGGUCCAUUGGGCAUAUCGAGCCAUCCGACAGAGAAAGAAUUCGUUUCUCGCUUGAGGAAUGGCCUGAUUCUGUGCAAUGCAAUUAACAAGGUUCAUCCCGGGGCCGUGCCCAAGGUUGUGGAGAACUGUACACCUUUACAAUCGCUAAACCGAGAAUCACAGCCAUUACCGGCCUACCAGUAUUUUGAGAACGUAAGGAACUUUCUGGUGGCUGUUGAAGAAUUGAAGCUGCCUGCCUUUGAAGCUUCUGAUAUUGAGAGGGAUGCAUUGGAGGCAGGGUCAGCAGCUAAGGUGGUUGACUGCAUCUUAGCUCUUAAAUUUUACCAUGAAUGCAAGCAGAUGAAUGGCGGAAAUGGGUUUACUAAGCCUAUCAGAUCUCCUAUGGUUAUGCGACCUGCCGGCAUGAACAAUUCUGGAUCCCUCUCGUCAGACUCUUGUAGAUGCUUAGACAUGUCAGCAGCAUCAGAGAUGCCUGCAGAUGACAUUCAGAAACUUUCUGAUUUAAUUGUCAAGUUACUUAUUGAACAUAUGACCGAUACAAAGGAAAACAUACAUGAUAACGUUCUCACGUUCUUCCGCACUGGCAACAUGGAUAUGGAAAAGUUAGUGUGCAGAAUCAUGGCAAGUUGUUUCGAGGAUAAACUUCAGAACAAUUCCCCUGAGUUGCACUCAAUGUUCAAGAUGUUUUUAAAAGAAAAAAGUGGCUCACAAGAUAAUCCAACAUCAGUGCCUCUGAAGGAGUCAUCUGCACUUGGAGAUUCUGAGUGUUGUCGGGCUUGCUUAAGAAAGGGUGACUGCAAACAUAGGCAUUUGUUUCAAAUGCAAGAAGAAGAACUUGUGGAUCUGAAAGCCCUGUUGACAAACAUAAAGACAGAGUUUGAAGACUUACAGUCCAAGUUUCAGACAGAUUUGAGAGAGCUUGGACACCAGGUACAGGAGAUCUCUACUGCUGCACAGGGAUAUCACAGCAUAUUGAAAGAGAACAGGAACUUGUACAACUUGGUUCAAGAUUUAAAAGGAAACAUUCGAGUUUACUGCAGAAUUAGGCCUGCCAUUGCUGGCGAAAAAAGUAAUGCGAUAGAUUUUAUUGGAAAGGAUGGUUCACUAGUGAUCUUGGAUCCAUUAAAGCCAAAAAAAGAUGGAAGGAAAAUGUUUCAGUUUAAUAGGGUAUUUGGUCCUACUGCCACCCAAGAUGAGGUAUACAAUGACAUCCAACCGUUAAUCAGGUCUGUGAUGGACGGCUACAAUGUCUGCAUUUUUGCUUAUGGUCAAACUGGAUCAGGGAAAACAUAUACCAUGAGUGGUCCAUCAGGUGGCUCAACUAAAGAUAUGGGGAUUAAUUAUCUGGCACUUAGUAACCUCUUUCAGAUGUCUAGGGAAAGGAAGGAGAUUAUAAGUUAUGAUAUUCAAGUUCAAAUGGUUGAAAUAUAUAAUGAGCAAGUGCGAGACCUUCUUGCGGAGGAUUCAUCAACUACUAAGUUAGAGAUUCGAAGCUGCAGUGGUGACAAUGGUUUGAGUCUUCCUGAUGCUAAAAUGUACUCUGUAACGUCCACUACUGAUGUUCUCAAUCUGAUGAAACUUGGUGAGACGAAUCGAGUUGUUAGUUCCACUGCAAUCAACAACCGAAGUAGUCGAUCCCAUGGUAUCCUGACUGUUCAUGUGCAUGGUAAAGAUACAUCAGGAAGCACCCUUCGUAGUUGCCUACAUUUGGUAGAUCUUGCAGGAAGUGAAAGAGUAGAUAAAUCAGAAGUUACUGGAGAUAGGCUAAAAGAGGCACAGUAUAUCAAUAAGUCUCUUUCCUGUCUGGGAGAUGUUAUCACAGCUUUGGCUCAAAAGAAUUCUCAUGUCCCUUACAGAAACAGCAAACUCACACUUCUCCUGCAAGACUCCUUAGGUGGACAUGCUAAAACAUUGAUGUUUGCUCAUGUGAGUCCGGAAGGAGACUCUUUUGGGGAAACAAUCAGUACAUUGAAGUUUGCUCAGAGGGUAUCUACUGUUGAACUUGGUGCUGCUCGUGCAAACAAAGAAAGUGGUGAGAUUAUGCAACUCAAAGAACAGGUUGAUAACCUUAAGAAGUUAUUGGCAAGUAAGGAGCAAAGACCUCCAUGUGAGAAACCAAAAGCACUAACCGAACAAACCCCUCCACGCAUGCGGAGGCUGAGCAUAGAGAAAGGCAGCAACAUGAAUUCUCAAACAGUAAAUCCUGUUGACAGUAAGAGAUCAAAAACACCUUCUGCACCAAAUCGUUUCAGAAGACUAAGUUUAGAAGGUCCAAAAUACAGUAAAAAUGAUCAUUUCCAGACAAAAGUUGCACCAGAUGACAUAAGCAAGCCCCUAUAUCCUGAGGCAGUGACACUGCAUAAUUAUGGUCAGUCUCAAGAUCCUGAGGCAAUGUCAAAGAUGAAUGGGCAUUCUGGUAUUGGGAGUUCCAUGAUGGAACUGUAUCGUUUAAGUACUCCCAGAAGUCCUACUAGUUCAUCCCAGAAAAAGCAUUUGGUCAAAACACCGAGUAUGACGCAAAUUCCUCUUCAGCUACCAACUACUCCCGAAUCACAAGCAAGAAACACAGUUCAGAUCACGAUGCAAAAUGAACUUGCUCUUUCUACAGAUUUUCAGACAUCUAAGUUGACUAGUAGUGGUAAUGGAAAAGGGUCUCAAAUAAGGAAAUCCUUGCGAACUAUUGGAAAACUGAUCAAUGGGUCUGAGAAGAGCCCAUCAAUAUACAGGAAUCAACGGCAUUCAAAUGAAGUACUCUCACCCGUCAAUGUUACAAGCAGCAGCAACAGAGAUGUAAAGUCACCACUUUCAGCUAAUGCAAGGGCAAUGAGGAAGCAGUCACUUACAGGAGUUCAAGCAUCAGGGUUUGAUAGAUCUCGUCGGUCUUCCCUUGGGGGAAAGCCAGUUGAUUCCGCUCAUACAGAUGAAUCUAGAAGGCAUGCCAGGACACCCCCGCCAGUCCAUUCAUCGAAAAGGACAACAAAGCUGUUGCUUUAACUCAGACUAAGUGAAGAACAUUACAAUGAAGCAAAUCUCUUCCUUCUUGUUCAAUUUAACUCAGACCAAAUGAGCAGUAGGCCGAUGGUGGUGGUGCUUUGGCUCGAAGCAUUAAUAAUGACCAUCAUUUUGAUUUGGGAAACAUUGGAAGUUGCAAGGAAGGAUCUUAUGACACAAUGUUCAUGUACAUAUGGGGAAUAUGAGAUAGCCUAGCUCAGUUAUUUUGGUGUAAUGAUGUUAUUCUUCUGGAUAGGCAGUAGAUUGUACCUGAUUACACCUGAAUUUUUGGCUCAUUGAUUAUUUAGAUAGGGCAUCUGUUUCUUUGGAGUUGUC